CUACUCCAGUUUUAUUUCUUCUGACUAGUUCUUAUUCAUAGUAUCUUGUCCAAACUAUAAUGCGUUAUUUCUACACUGCAUGCAGCAAGUGGCAGGAUUGGAACCUACGAUUAUUUCAGGGCACAUUUAAUGCAUCCAUAAUGGCUCAUCUGGAGCUCCUCGUACUAAACACCAUGAGAACAUUUAAGAAUGCACAGUCACACCUGAAGGAAAAAUACUGAAAAACGUAACCAGAAAAAUACGGUUUGGUUUAGUUUAAAUUCCCCCAUAAGUGGAUCCAUGCCCACAAACUACCUGUACGUAUAAAAUCUCCACUGAUGGUGUGCACAGGCAUAAGGACUAUGUUACUGUGCUCUUGCAGAGUGAGGGCCUAAAAGCCCCAAGCACUUGUGUGUGAGACCCUUGCUGUCCUGCAGAAUGACUUCUUCCUCCACGACGUUAGCCCGCAGCCGCCUGUUUGCCUUCCUCCUCUUUUGGAGCUGGGACCAUCUUCCCCGCUCCUGUCCUGGCAGCUUUGAGCACCGAUGCUGCACUUGCCCUUGGGUGCCAUGGAACCACAGACAUUCCAUUGCAGCCCUGUGAGCCCGCUUCAGGGAUGGCUACCAUCGAUCCCCACUCCUCGAUGACUUCUGUCCCCGUCAAACGCGCGGUUGUCAUCCCGCACGAUGGAGCCCUGCGCACAAGCGGUCGGUACCACGACUCAUCCCGCCGCUGACGGAGCUCAGCACAGGCAGCACCCACAGAGCAGCGACUUUCAGCCCGGCUCCUCCCCUCGGGAACCCCCGCGGGCACCGCACACCCCGCAGCCCGGCGAGGCACGGCGGUGGCCGCGGGCAUGCGCGGGGCCUCCCCCGGCCCGGCCCGGCCCGCCCGGUGCCUGCCAUUGGCCCCGAGCGGCGGGGCGGUGGUGGCGGGGAGGCCGCGCCCGCCCGCCCUCCGUCCCUCCCGCCGCCGCUCCCCUCCCGCCGCCCGGCCAAGUUUAAACACCCCCCUCCCGCCGCCGCCGGGCCAGCCCGAGUUCGCGGGAGUUACGCGGGGCCGCGGCCCGGGUGCGGGGUUCGGCUGCCGGGGGGUGCCCCGCGAAGAGGACGCCCCGCCGCUGCCUAUGAGGGUGCCGCGGGGCCGGGCGAGCCAUGGACGGCGGCGGCGGGGUGCCGCCCGCCCUGGAGAAGAACGCGGCGGAGCUGACGGUCAUGGACGUCUACGACAUCGCCUCGGCCGUGGGGCAGGAGUUUGAGCGGGUGAUCGAUCAACACGGCUGCGAGGCCAUCGCCCGCCUCAUGCCCAAGGUGGUGCGGGUGCUGGAGAUCCUGGAGGUGCUGGUGAGCCGCAACCACAUCAACCCCGAGAUGGAGGAGCUGCGCCUGGAGCUCGACCGCCUGCGCCUGGAGAGGAUGGACCGCAUCGAGAAGGAGCGGAAGCACCAGAAGGAAUUAGAACUGGUGGAGGAUGUCUGGAGAGGGGAGGCGCAGGACCUUCUUACCCAAAUUGCACAGCUGCAGGAGGAGAAUAAACAACUGAUGACAAACUUGUCUCACAAAGACAUUAAUUUCACAGAAGAGGAAUUUCAGAAGCAUGAAGGAAUGUCAGAGAGAGAGCGGCAAGUCAUGAAGAAGCUGAAGGAAGUGGUAGAUAAACAGAGGGAUGAAAUCAGAGCAAAGGACCGAGAACUCGGACUUAAAAAUGAGGAUGUAGAGGCUCUUCAGCAGCAACAGAACAGGUUAAUGAAAAUCAACCACGACCUGCGGCACCGCAUCACUGUUGUUGAGGCUCAGGGGAAGGCGCUGAUCGAGCAGAAGGUGGAGUUAGAAGCUUAUCUGCAAACCAAGGAGCAGGAGAUGGGCAACCUGCGAGCAGAGCUGGGGAGACUGAGAGAAAAACUGCAGGGUGAGGACAGCCAGAAUGGGGAGGAAAUAAAGGCAGAACCCAACAACGACGACUGCCUCUCCGAGUCAGAGAAGAUGGCAUUGGACUUAAAAGAUCCAAAUCGUCCAAGAUUCACCUUGCAGGAGCUCCGGGAUGUCCUUCAUGAGAGGAAUGAAUUGAAAUCUAAAGUGUUUUUACUUCAGGAGGAGCUUUUAUACUACAAAAGUGAGGAAACAGAAGAAGAAACAAGAUCCCCUCAACCUACACCCAUAAUUCAGCCUAAACCCUCAACUCAGCCUGAAUCUGGAAUCAAACGACUGUUUAGUUUCUUCUAUCGGGAUAAGAAACGUAUGCAGGCAUCACAGAAAAAUGUCCACUUCCAGGAUACUUUUGGAGAAUGGUCAAAUUCCCAUAAAGAUGACUCCUACACUGAGCAAGGACAAGAAGCCCUGCAGCACCUGUGACUAAAGCCUUGAGGUGUUCAGUUUACCACAGUAGAUCUCGACACUCUAGUAACAAGAAGCUUCCGUAACCAAAAUCUGGCAGCUCAUCACUUUCAUUUGCCUUGUGCACCUCAGCGGUUGUGUUUCAGAUGGACUCUUCGAGAGGGGACUCCUCACUCUUUGCUUGGUGACUGCUGGAAACAGAAUCCAAGCUUUGUAGUGAACAGUCGCUGAUGCCCUGGGACACCGAAGCUUCUAGACGACUUGUUUUGUGCUGAGUAACAAGUCUAUGGUCUUGGUCAUGCAUUAACUACAGUAACACAAGCUUCUUUAAACCAAAAAAAGGACCUGUGCCAUUAUUAGAGGUUGUUUGCAGUGUACAAUAUCUAGUGGCAAAGACUCUUUUACCCUGUUUGUUAACACUAUUGGUUGUUUGCUUUUUAUUUCGGUAAGAAUUCUUUCAAGAGGGAUACCCAGCUGCCACUCUCCACAGCAGGUCAUGGUGCUGCUGUGUCCUGUCACGUUCAGCUGAUAUCUGCAUUCUGCAGAGGAACCACUUGGAAAUCCACCCACCACAAAUAGAUAAACUGGAGUAGCCUUGAGAGGGACAGUGCGUGUACAUUUCCCUGCUGCUUAUAGUGCCUAAAGCAUGAAGAAACCAAUGUAGGUGAGCGUGCCUUGCGUUUUGCCAUGAGGUCUGCAGUAGUAAUGGAAAACAAAUCGCUUACAAGGAGGAAUUCUAACACUUGAAUUCUUUCCUUCUUACCAGGGACUUCCCCCUAGAGGAGCAGGCAGCUGCUGUCAAGGAAUUAGAUCUCUCACAGACAGGUUUUUAAUGAAGUCACACUCCACUUCUCUCUGUAGAUAAGAUUGCCUAACUUGAAAGACACCCUCAGCGAGCUGACACGAGCUAUUUUAACUGACUUAGGCAUGACCCCAGCUCAAAGUGCUUUCUCUAACUAAUCUCAACACUACUUCUGUAUGUGCAGGCUGCUCUGCUGGUGGUGGCUGAUGGCUGGGUAACCUGUGGUUACAGGGCCUUAACUUGCCAGUAAAAUCCCAGCACAGCUGAACUGCCGGGAGGUGGGAUUUAGAUCCGCUUUGCAACUGAGCUUGUGGGACCCUUGGUUCUCAGUGAGGUUGUACUUAGAAAAACCAGGACACUACAGCCCUCUGCACUGUAACUGUUGUGUACAGCUGGGUGUUAGUGCUCACCCUGCCUCUGCACUGCACUCCAUGAAGGAACCCAACCAGGCAGGAGCGGGUGAGCACGUCCAUGGCUGUGUGUGAGGGAGGUGCUGGGGUCAUUCUGUGCCCUUGGCUGUCUGCUGGAGCACGUGCUGCUGGUGAGGAGUUGGCUGUAGGCAACUUCUGCCCAUGUAGCUUAGUGUGAGGGGUUUCACCCCCAGCAACUACAUCUGCUCUGUAAAGAGCCUCUUCUCAGGAGCGGCACUAACAUCAGGAGACAGUGCUCAGGCUGGAGUAAAGCUCCAGCUACUCCAGGUACUGACUGUAGGAGGCAGUCCCAAAGGACUCCAAGAUGAGAGUGAGACAGGGUUUAGCACAGGCCACUUGUUUUUAACACAGGGUCAUCCAAGACUCUGGAUUCUUCAGUGUGUGUGAGCAGGAAGCGGUUCUUAACCCAUCUGGAGUGAAGCUGUGCCAGGAAACCACCCUUUGCAAGAGUGGGCUGAAUGCUGCUCUGCUCCUGAGUAACCCUGCUUCAUUUUGAACAGGGGCCUUCCCCAUGUUUAGGUGAAGUGUCUCCUGUGCCACUCUGGUGUGGCCGGGGAUGUGUGGCCUUAAUAUGAAAGACAUCUGCAUCUGAAACAGUGCUGGUAGCAUCUCAUGCUAGGAUUAGGCAGAUAAGCUUUUGCCUGGUUAUGUUUUGGUAACAUAUCUUAAGCUUUAUGCUUGCAGCAACGUGUAUCCAUAAAACAGCAGCACUUCCUCCCUUGUGUGAAAAGCAUUUCUUAAGUGGGGGGGGAAAUGCCUUUAUUUAAUGAUACUUAAGUUGCUCAGAUCUUGAUUUCACUUCCAUAUUAGAGAAAAAAAACAACACUACAAUUAUAUCAGGCAGUUAAAUACUGAAUGAUUCCCAUCGAGCCUCUCCCUAGCAUAGUUUACAGUCUUUUGGCACAUUUAGAAUAGAUGCAGUAAUCAGAAACACUGCAAGAAUGCAGCAGACACAUGGCCUGAAUAAGCACACUUCUGCAAUCAGCUGAGAGCAGUGAGCUGGGGUCACAGAAACACACGGACUGAACUGGUGUCCCAGCACCUCGGCUGGUGCAUUACA